AUGAACGAGGAAUGGCUGGAGGGAAUGGCGUUGAUAUUCUUUAUGCAUUUGCUUUUGUCUCAGAUAAAUUUUAUCUGUUUUGUUCAUAGAUUCCCCCGUCUUCAAAAGAAUAAUAUGAAAGCGACGAUAGGUUCGCGAAUGUCUGAAGCAUGGAAAUUCGCAUUGCGUAGUAAGUACCCUCGGAGACUGGGCACCGACUAUCCCAGGCUCCAGGGUCCCAGAAAGCUCCCGUCGGGUGGCCCGAUCGCCGGCAGGUUCAGGUGCAGCUCCCCGCUUAAGCAAUUGAAUUGUCUCCUCAAUGGCCAAAAGCGCGCUUAUACGGCCGCUGUGCUUGGCGGUGGUAUCACAGGCCUCACAUCCACCUGGCAACUGGCGCAGGAUCCCGAAUGCGAGCGAGUAGUGCUUUAUGAGAAAUCGAACAGGCUUGGUGGCUGGAUUGACUCUGAGACAAUUCCCGUCGAGGGUGGCAAUGUCGUGUUCGAGUAUGGACCUCGGACAUUAAGGAGCUCAGUGCCAGAGUCACUGCCUCUGCUUUCCCUGGCUUCAGCCCUAGGCCUACAUGAAGAUCUCAUUCUUACCCCGAAGUCAAGUCCUGCAGCCCAGAAUCGCUAUGUCUACUAUCCGGACCGUCUUGUUCGCAUACCGACGCCGAAGAGUACACUUUCUUUGGUGGAGAACAUUGAGAAUUUGGUGAAUACCUUGAAGGAACCCUUGUUCGACAAAGUUGUUUCUGGGAUAGUCAAGGAUGUCUUCACUCCACCUCGGCACCCCUCUGAAUGGGCGAAGGAUGAGUCUGUCGCGGACUUUAUUGGACGUCGCUUUGGUCCCAAUGUUGCAGAGAAUCUUGUUUCCGCUGUUUUACAUGGAAUCUAUGCUGGAGACAUUGACCAAUUGAGUGCCCAGACCUUGAUGGGUGGCGUCCGCAACCUUGAAGGUGGCAUUGGUGGCAUUGGUGGAUUUGUUUCUGGUGGAGUUACGGGAUCCAUGAUCUCCCGCGCGAUCUCCAAAAUCAAGACUAGGAGCAUGGAUGAUUUCAUGGUCCCGCUUGCCAUGGCUAAAAGCUCCGAGUCAAAGGAGCGGAUGCGGGAUCUGCAUUCUCACGUCUCGAACGCUAGUACUUUUACCUUCAAGAGAGGUGUCGGACAACUUGCUGAAGCAUUAGGUGCUUCGUUGAGAGCAUCCGACAAGGUUGAAAUCAUGAUCAACACGCAGAUUAAAGGCUUGAGCGCUCAGCGUGGCGGUUCUAAAAUUUCCCUCUCAACGAAGGAACCGAAUAAGGAAACUGACACAUGGUGUGAUUUUGACCAUGUCAUCUCCACCAUUCCCCCAGUGGCACUUGCUGAGACCAUGCGCUCAUUUGACACCCUGGGGUCGAAGCCGCCAGGGCUGACCCCAUCUCUACUACGCCAACAAAACUACGCUGUAACAGUAAUGGUCGUCAAUCUCUACUACCCGAACCCAGAUCUUCUACCCGUGGAGGAAGGCUUUGGAUAUCUCAUCCCACGUUCUAUCCCCUACGAACAGAACCCAGAAUGUGGACUUGGGGUCAUCUUUGCCUCAUCCUCCAGUGUGGGCAAGGGAACGGACCCUUCGUCGCCUACACUCAAACAAGAUUCCGCACCUGGAACAAAACUUACCAUCAUGCUAGGCGGGCAUUACUGGGAUGGCUUCCAAGAGUAUCCAGACCACGACAAAGCAGUGAAAAUGGCCUGUGACAUGCUCAAAAGACACCUGAACAUCACCGACACCCUAACUGUGGCACGGACUCGUCUUCAGAAGAAUGCUAUCCCUCAGUAUACAGUCGGCCACCUGAACCGCAUGUAUCGUCUCUCGAAAGCAGCACGCGAAGAGUACAAUGGCUCGCUUGUUCUCGCAGGCAACUGGUAUAAUGGAGUAGGCGUGGGUGACUGUGUUAAGCAGGGAAUUCUGUCCGCUACCUACGGCAUUGGAAGAUGCGAGCUCAGUGGUGAGUUCGGUGCUGAGCAUCCGUGGACUGCUUAUGAUUAUGAAGACUGGCCUCUCAAGGGUGGUGUUACCAUGGCCCCUGUUCGUCUGGUUGACUCCGAACACUAA